UGCCUCUCCGUGCGACGGCCGGGGCCGAGGGGAACUGAGGUGGAGAGAAAGGGGCCAGCCGGCGUCAAAGGCGCUCCCGCCGAGGACCUAUGGGUCUUGCGCCUGUGGAGGGCGCCCUGACGCCCGCCGUGGGGCCUCCCUACGUGACUAUGUGCGCUCUGGUCCGGCCGCUAAAGGGGUUCGGUUCUUUUCAGACCAUCGGUGACGAGAAUCAGAAUCAGUACCAGGGGCUUGCAUCCGGGGCUUUUCUCGGCUGCCGCGGUUAUAGAAUGCACUGGCGGGGUGCAGACUUUCCCUGGGUGGAAUAAUCACGUUUCCUCAGGUCGCGCCCCAGGAGUCUUCAAGAAGUGGUCAAGCCGUUGAUAACCGGCUGUUGAUGGCGGUAGGAAGACAGAGGUCACCCCCGCAGCCGCCAGCUUCUCUCCGGAAGCGCUUUCUAAGGCGGGAUGCAGGGCGUCUUGUACAUGUUUAGUUCAUGGAAUUGCCAGCAGUGUGUGUAGUAGGAGUAAGCUGUCAAUCAAAGUUUAGGUGUGUUUUAUGCGACCCUGCUUACCAGUCAUGGGCCGGGAACGCUUGGCAUAGGCAAUGAACUUAAAAUUUGGAAACAUAAAAUUUGAAACAGUUUCAUCAACCUAGGUGCUGCACAGACUGGUUCUCUCUUGUACCAGGAGUGUGGGUUGAUUUCCUUCCAGUGUGAUCUCAUGGGUGUCGCUGGAUAUGCAUUCGUUUCAGCCUCUUGUGGUGCACCUUGGUCCCAUUUCUCUAAAACAUCAUCUCUCACCUAGUCUCAGCUCCAAGGCAAGAACAUAAGUACUUACAUAACAAGAACAAAAACACCUCGCAAAUUCUACCAUCAUUUGAGUAAUAAAAAACAACCUGCAAACAUCUCUAAACCUUUCAACCUACAUAGGUACAGAUGAAUAUGUAGAUGAAAGUAAAGAAUCAAGGUAUUAUAUUCUAAAAUUAGUCAAGGUCUGGGGCGCCUGGGUGGCUCAGUCGGUUAGGUGGCUGACUUCAGCUCAGGUCAUGAUCUCACGAUUGUUCUUCUUCGUGAGUUGGAGCCCCACAAUGGGCUCUGUGCUGACAGCUCAGAGCCUGGAGCCCGCUUUGAAUUCUGUGUCUCCGUCUCUCUCUCUGCCCCUCCCCUGCUCAUGCUCUGUCUCAAAAAUGAGCAUUAAAAAAAAAUUUUUUUAAUGAGUCAGGGUUAAAGGUGAUGUCCAUUUUAAAGCAUAUUACAGCAUUCCAAGUACAUAUUCUAUACGAAGUUCCCUAAGAGAAUUGGGCCAUCCAAUAGUUCUCUGUUCUCUGGGAUUUCCAUGCCAAUUGUGACUUUUUUCUCUCCAAAUCCACAUGCAGUAAGUAAUUAUUCUAAGCACCUGGGAGCCAGAGAGGUGAUGAGCGUGAAGGAAGAGCAAGAGUGAACCCAAUACCAUAAAUUGAAUACCAACAGGUUUUCGUAUCAUCAUGAAUAAUUAGCUUUUUUCCGUGCUUUGGAAGUUUCAGCAAGCACCUAGGGAACAUUUUAAGAAUCGUAAUCUCAAAAAAGGGAUGGUUUGGGGGCGCCUGUGUGGUUCAGCCGGUUAAGCGUGGGAUUUCCACUCAGUUCACGAUCUCGUGGUUCGUGGGUUUAGGCCCUGCUGCUCCACGCUCUCAAGGCAGAGCCUGCUCUGGAUCUUCUGUCUCCGUCACUCUCUGCCCCUCCCCCGCUCCCCCUCUUUCUCUCUCUCUCAAAAAUAAACAUUAAAAAAAAAGUUAAAAAUUUUUAAGGGGGAGUUUUAAGGUCACUUCUCAAUUUCUGUUGGCCUUUCAGCUUGCAUAGGUAGUCCACCUACGCAAUGCUAACUUAAGAGAUUUUAAAUGAAUGCCAGAACAAAAGGGAGAGGAAAGCUAAAUCACCAGAUACAUCAGUAUCUAAUGAGCACAAAUUGGAUAGAUAGGAUGUUAUCAGCUGUUUGAUUCACAGCUGAUAAGAAUUAUCUUCAGGUACCCAUCCUUGAGGUCUGAUUACAGAAUUGACCCUAGCCCACCCACACACCUAAAAUUUAUUUAAGAGACCAACCUUAGCUCUUCCUGGCUUUUAGGAAGAAGACUGGUAUGGGGAAAUGUAUUCCUUGCUAGUUCUUCCAGGCCAUGGCGCUUCUCAGCAACUUUUUCCUUUGGUUUUUCUACUUUUCCUGGCUGUGUUUUCCUAUUAGUCUUUGUUCUCGGGCUUCUACAGGAGAAGUUCAGAUUGCAGCGGGUGCUGAAUGGGAAGCUAAGGCUGAACCUUGGUCCUUGGUGCAGCCUCUAGAUGAAAAAGACAGAUUGGGCUUCCUUCCUCCUCUCUUCAAGGUUCUGUAUAAUGGACAAGGUGACGCCCCUAGGCUGCAGCCAGACUCCAGAGCUUUGCGUUACAUGAAGAGACUCUAUAAGUCCUUUGCUACCAAGGAGGGGAUCCCUAAAUCCAACAGAAGUCCUCUCUACAACACUGUUCGGCUCUUCACAUCUUAUGCCCAGCACAAGCAGGCUCCUGGGGACCAGGUGACAGGAACCGUACCAUCCGUGGACCUGCUAUUUCACCUGGAUCGUGUUACUGCUGUUGAACACUUCAUCAAGUCAGUCUUGCUAUUUACUUUCAGCAACCCCAUUUCUUUUUCUUCUGCUGUGAAAUGUGUGUGCAGCCUGGUGAUGAAGGAGCCUGAGUCUUCUAGCGGGAACCCCCAUAGAACUCCAUCCUCAUUGACCUUUGACUCCCAGUUUGAAUUUAGAAAGAAAUACAGAUGGAUUGAAGUGGAUGUGACUGCUCCUCUUCAGCCUCUAGUGGCCUCCAACCAAAGAAACAUUCACAUGUCUGUAAAUUUGACCUGUGUGAAAGCCCAGCUGCAGCCCCCUUCAGCACGUGACAGUUCCUUUAACGUGACUCUUCUGGUGCCCCCCUCACUGCUUUUAUAUCUGAAUGACACGAGUGCCCAGGCUCAUCACAGGUGGCAUUCCCUUAACUAUAAAAGGAGGCCUUCCCAAGGUGCUGGCCAGAAGAGAGGGCUGUCUGCCUGUCCCCAGGGAGAAGAGUCAGCUGAGGCUGUACGACCUUCCCGUCAUCGGAGAGAUCAGGAGACUAUCGGCUUGGAACCUCAGAAGCCUCUGGUUCCAGCUUCUUUCAAUCUGAGUGAAUACUUCAAACAGUUUCUUUUUCCACAAAACGAGUGUGAGCUCCAUGACUUUAGACUUAGUUUUAGUCAGCUGAAGUGGGACAGCUGGAUCGUGGCCCCGCACAGAUACAACCCUCGAUACUGUAAAGGGGACUGUCCAAGGGCACUUGGACAUCGGUAUGGCUCGCCAGUUCACACCAUGGUGCAGAAUAUCAUCCAUGAGAAGCUCGACUCCUCAGUGCCAAGACCCUCCUGUGUGCCUGCCAAAUACAGUCCUCUCAGUGUUCUGACCAUUGAGCCAGAUGGCUCAAUCGCUUACAAAGAAUAUGAAGAUAUGAUAGCCACUAAGUGCACCUGUCGUUGAUACUGGGUUCUCUAAACUAAAACCUGGAGCCUCUUCGGCAAAGAAAUGCCGUGCACCUCUCUGUGCCUUCAGGAGAAAGUUCCAUGUGUCAAAUCUCAAUGUAGUAUGUCUUGUAUAAGGGGGAGCCUGUGUAGAUGAGCACAUUCUGUGGCAUCUAUCCAUGGAAAGUGGUAACAUCUUCCUGUUUAAUUUCUGGGUGUAAAUGAACUGUAAUUAUUUUGGAGGGCCCUAAAUUUCUUUCCCGUGAAUGAUUUUUUUUUCUUGACAUUGGUAUCAGAGUGCAGUAGUUGUAGUUAAUGGAAGAAUAAAUCCCUCUCAGUGGCAUAA